GAUAAAUUUAACUCUUUUCCUGUGUUUAAUGAGGCGAUUGUAAUAAUCACUCAUGAACUGGAAUGGCAGAGAUCCAUGAGAUGGAACAGAGCAUCUCGUCCUUAACAUCUCGUCGACUUGGUGAUGAGUUAUACGAGGAUGGAGAAAGGUCACCAUUUUAUGACUCGGAUUCUCCAAGUGAUACUCCGUCCGUUAAUGGGUAGGUAAUCAGUUUUGGAAAGUUUAUGUACUGAAUUCAAACAAGUUUAUUAAGUAGUCGUUUAAUAAUUAUAUUCCUCUUAAUUCCUGUUUGUGGUCAAACAUGACAAGAAAAAGAACCUGAUUUUUGAUAAGUAGUUUCAAAUUUUAACAGACCGCAAAAUCAUUUACGGUAAAUCAAGAUCGGUGUUUUGAAUUCUAUCUAAAUUGUGGUGAAAUAUUGUUGAAAGGAGGAAAAACACAUUUGUUAUCUUUUAUAUGAUUACCGUGGUUCGCAGCUGCAUUAUCUUUGCCUGUGUUUAUCAAGCUAUGAUAUGAUUGCUAAUCAGUAUGAAAACAGCUGGAAUCUCGCUACUCAAAAAGCUCUCCGGAAAAAAUGACAAAUUGGAUGGCUAAUUUUAGUUUUCUAGCGCAACUCCUCCACUUUUUAGCUUAAGUUGCCCCACCUGAGCGAGAAAAAUUAACCGAGUUCUGUAGCAAUUUUAAUUUGAAAUGUACAAGGCUCAUAAAAGACAAUAAAACAGUAAUAAAAUUGUGUCCACAGUAUUUACACUUCAAAAUCUUCCACAGCGGUGCAAGUGCUUCAACUUCUGCGAGGUCUUCUCGUUCAUCCACGUUAGGAUCAGGCUUUUCCACGCGGUCAGCUGCAACUUCAGAGAGCGAUGCUGAAGUCGAGGCAUUAGAUAAUGUACGGGUUGUUGCAAGGUUGGUAAUUUUGUUUCGGUCGAAGUUUAUUUAUGGUGUAUAUUUAUGUUAAUUUUGCCGUGACCGUUUCCUAAAUUAUAUAACAUAUUCGAUUCAGUCCUAUCAAAAAUUUUAUUCUGAUAAUCUUGUAAAUAACGAUUAUUGCCAAAAAACAUAUUUUGUUAGAAUAUUAUCAUCGUUGAUGAUAUCAAAUCAGAUUUUUGAAGCCUUGACAAUUUAUUUUAAAAUAUAUGUUGCUAUGUAACUUUAUGAAACGUAAUGUUAAUAAAAGUCUGUUGUUUCAUUUUGAGCCGUUUGCAAACAGACAGCUUAGCAAAGAAAAUUUGCAUUUCUAUGGGUCUUUUCUUCCAGCAUGGUGUAUUGUUAAAAACUGGCUGUCUGACAGCUGUUAGCGUAAAUAGCAAAACUAGCUGCCACUCACAGUUUUGUCCAAUUUAUCUUAUUCAUUGUUGGACCAUUGCUAAUGAAAAUGUAUUGGUAUACGACUUUACCUGUGGCAUUAGCAUACAGCUCUGUUGGAAAAAGCAUGCAAUCAAAUGAGUUUAACUUCUCCUGCACUGUUGAGGCCCUGCAACCGACAAGUGACAUGGUCCAAAAAGUAGCGACAGCGCGUAAAAUGAAAUCGCGACAAGAGACAACCUCCCCCGACCAAAUUGCGACAGUGACAGCAAAGCCGACAAUAAGCGACAAGCAUUUAUAAACACUGACACGAGAUGUUUUAAAAUUUAGACGGGCGACAUGGGACCCCCCCUGGCAAGGCCUCACUGUUGACCUGGGCGCACUUGUUCGAAGGUCGGUUAGCGUUUAACCCGGGGUUAAAUUUAACCUGCGUUUCUUUUUCUUGUCUUCUGAAGCAUUUUCGAGGAUAAUUUUCUCUGUUAUUUUGAGAGCUUCCAAUCAUAAUCUUGUUGACAAAAAGAAUUAAAACUGAAAUGCUUUUUAAGUUUUCAAAUCUGAAUUAAAAUCUCGCACUAACCCUGGGUUAUCUUAAACCAGCUUUGAACAACUCAGCCCUGUAGCACAGUGAGGACGAAUAGUAAUGAGACUUCAAUAAUGUAUUGACCUGGCAAUUUUCUGCCAAGUUACUGACACCUUAGUGCUUUUUGGGAGAUAAACAGAAUGCUUUAUUUUGGUGGUCAUGCAACCUAGAGUCAAAGUUGCUUGUCGUUCGAAACAUUGGGGAAUCUCCCCAUUCAGAUAGGGGAUAUUUCCCCUUGUGAAUGUCAUGACAAUAUACCAAAGAAUGAACCGCUUUUAUUUGAUUAACCACCCUGAGUGUUUAUUAAAUUUUUGGACCUUGAGAGUGGGCGCUUAUUCGAGGUAGGUGCUUAUUCGAGGCUGGGCGCUUUUAAAAAAUUUUCACCAUUUUCAGCAAGUGAAGUAUGUUUAUUUUGCAACAAAACAAUAAAUGCUAACGACAAAAUGCGAAGAAGUAAAAAAGCAAGAUUUCUGUAAAAUACUCUGAAGAAAACUCUGUCUUCGGGGAAGUCUCUUAUUAGAAUUUAUUCACUCAAGGGGGUGGGGUGGUGGUGAGCGCUUAUUUGAGUUUGAUUGGGAGUUGUCAUUACCUAAAAUAUCAUAGUUUACUGAGCUGAGUUCUAAGAAAAAUAUAUUGUGGGAGCUUAAGCUUUCAUGGUACCCAUUCCUUAUAUUAUAUUAUUUGCUGAUACACAAGCCCAAAGGCCUGGUACCAGGAUCCUUUACAUCUUUUUCCUGAUAAAAGUAUAGUAACCGUAUUAUAUUAUCUGUUGUGGUUAAAGAUCAGUAAAUACCUCAUACUUCUGUCCAUGAUGUGAAUUGGAUGUGACUUAGUGCCAAAAGUCCUAACUUUCCACGCCUUGCCUGCAGCAAAUGUUAUUAUUAUUAAAAUAUAAAGAAAAAGAUCAGCACACCUUUAUCUUAUGUUUUUUAGAGCACGACCAUUAAAUCUUUCGGAGAAGGAAAGAGGAGACAAGAAUAUCAUCAAGCUACCUGAAAAUUCUAAUGGAGCCGUGUGGGUCAGUAACAUGCCUUUGUUUUUGCUGAGAUGCCUAUUAGGAUAUUGCUAUAUUUGAUUAUUAGGUUAUAAGUACUUGCUUAAAUGACAUUCUGUUGGCUUCAAACUCAAGAAAGUUAGUUUCACCCCCUAAUAUCCAGUCACUGAGAAGUGGGGUAAAAAGAGGGACUGGAUGGCCAAGUUUUUAAAUUCUGCUUUGAGGUUGCCUGAGACCAUAUGUCCUCUCACUAUAAUCUGUACAUUUCUCUUGAGGGAAGAGGGCAUAAUACACAUAUAAAGCUUAAAUUUGACUUUUUUUUCUGUUUGGCUCUCAAAAACAAUACCCAUAAAUAAGCUCUGUUCUCAUUGGCUGAAGAUAGGUUUGAUGUUCUCUUUAUGAGAUUUAGAUUCUUGCAAUGGUAUUUUUUCUUUUUUCAUUCUUGUGACCGAUAAUAAUAUUAUUGAAAUGAUGCUCUUGAUAAUGCCCCACAGAAAAUAUGUGCUAGUUUUUCAAAGAGACAUCUGAAUAUAGCUGUUGUUUUGAUUUUCCUGAGUACAAAAUUAUUAUUAGCUGGUAGCGGACUUUUUUGUACCUAAUGGGAAUUCGAUUUCAUUUGUUUUUAUUAAUUUGAAGGGAAGGGUGGCUGGCUGCUCAUGGAAAAAAGUUAUCAGUCCUUUUGUCUCUGCCUGAUCACAGUUUAACCUUGAGGUGUCUAUGGACGUCACAAGAAACAUGAAACAGUCUAUCAAAGACACUGUUUGAUGUAGUUUGUCCAAAGAUCUGCAAUAUUUGAAAAUUGACUAGAAUAAUGAAUUGGGCUAAAUUACAUUUAGGGAAAGGUACAUUAAAUCAAGUCACAGCAGGGCAGAAGAAUAACCAAUAGGAGAGGUCCAGGAAAAUUACCAUGUGCUUUUGCUUUUAACUGAUCAUUGCUUCUUUCCUUCCUCUGUUUUUCCCCUCCCAUCCUGGACAGGAUGCUAGUCCAUCACAGGGUUACCCCCCAGCAGCAUUUCACUGGUACCCAUUGAUACACCUGGGUGAAUAGAGACAAAAUGGAGUAAAGUUCCUUGUCUAAGGAAACAAUACAAAGGGGGAGGCUUGAACCCUGGAUGUCCAGAUCUGGAGUUCGAGGUGUUAACCACUCGGCCACACAUGCCUCCACCAUGAAUCAAUAAAACUUUGUUAAUAUUCACAUCAGUUUUCACAUUUCAUAUUAGUGAUUUUUUGUUAUUUGACUUGAAACAGGAGGUUUUUUUUCUUCACCUGUUUUUGCAGAUUGAUAACAGUUUUGGCCAGAUCAAGCCUUUCACCUUUAAUGCUGCAUUUGGUGAGGAAACUACUCAGAAGGAGAUGUUCAAUGAAUGUGGCAUCAAACAUUUGGUGGAGAUGGCUGUUGAAGGGUUUGUUAAUAAUGAUCAGGCCAUUUCAAGUUUAAAAACAGGGCUUCAAAACAACUUUAAAAAAAUUUUUAAAAAAGUAAUCUAGUUGUUCCAGACUAAUGGAAGGGGCUUUAUUCAAGCCCUGAAAAAAUGAGCCAUUUUGCUGUCUAGUAUUUUAAAUGCUCCUGUGCUAAAUUGGCCCACCAGAAGUUUCAUAAUACACUCAGUACUUUUUGCUUGUGUGUGAGUGUGUGUGUGUUUCAUUUUUACUAUAUUUAGAUAUUCAUGUACAGCUUUUGCUUAUGGCCAGACUGGAUCAGGAAAGACCCACACUAUCACUGGCCCACUGGUAACUAAGACAUUUGGUUCUUAAAAUUUGCGGGAAUGUUAAGUUUUGCUGUUUUGCCAUCACUGUCAUUUCAUCUAUACUGCAAUAUUUUCACACCUUUUCUUGUAAAUUCCCUCGCUCUCAAAGAGAAAUGAAAUGCUCAGAUAAUGCUUAGAUAAUCUGAAAAGAGUUGCAGUUGCAUGCAAAUAACCUGGGGCAGGUUGUGGAGGGGGUGGGGGUACUCUAAGGGAUUCUUGUUAGGGGUGUGCCAAACAAAACCCACUGAAUUGUACUUUGCAAAAAUCCCCACCGUUUUACUUGCACCUUUAGACUGAAAGGUACCCCUUUUGGGCAGAGCAUCCCCAUGUGGUCUAUUACAAGAAAUACCAUAAGUCUCUAAGGAAUCACCCCAGGGAUUGUUUUUUUUGAACAGGCCUAUCCAGCACGGUUGGAGUGCAAGUCUCCAGACAGUACAGCUUUGGUAGUUAAUGAAGUCACACAAAUUUAAUCUCUCUUUCUUGAAAAAAGAAAAGCUUAAGGGAGGGAACUCUUUUGCAGGUAUUGAAUGGAAUGUCCUAAUUUAUUGUAGGAAAAUUCUGCUGACAAGGAGAGGUUUAUUCCUGAUCCAGACAUGCAGGGGCUGAUUGAGAGGUUUGUAUUUGUGAGGAGUGAUUGAGCCAGUGUAUUAUUAUAAUUACAUUUCUAUAAUCAUUAUUGUUAUUAUGAGGUAUUAAGUUUCUGCAACAGUGAUUGACAAUAUACAAGGUCAGAUAUUACACAGGAGGUAAGUGCUUGCCGGAAAUCAAGAUGUCCAUGCUCUGCGAAAAGACUUUGGAAGGUUCUGACACUAUGACACUACAUACAGGUCUCAAGAUGUGCUGUUUUCAAGUUGACUAAUUUUAUUUGUUCAAUGUGUUUUCAGAUCCUUCCAUUAUAUGUUUGAAUUAAUGGAGAGUCAUGCUGAUGUGGAGUAUACUAUUAGAGCAUCGUAUUUAGAAGUGUAUAAUGAAAAGGUGUGCGUUCUUUCUCACAUAAAAUCCACAUAGUUUGAAGUGGACAAGUUUGGUAGGCAGAAUUUAAAAAUCAUGAUUAGAAAUAACCUUGUGUCGACAGCCAUAUUAAAUCCUCUUAAAUUUUUAACAAUGCAUGCUUUUUACUUCAUUGCAUUUGGAAAUCUUGGGACAAUCUAUGUCUAAAAGAAUGACUAAUCUUAAAACUACACUUGCUAGUUUCCUGGUCUCUCGUAUCAAAAUGGUGCAUUGGAUAAACUCAACAAUUUAACCUUAUUUUUUUCCUCAGAUUCAAGAUUUGCUGAAUCCCUCUAGGGCAAGGGACUCAUUACCUGUACGCUGGGCAAGGGACAGAGGCUUCUAUGUAGAAAACCUAUUUUUUGUUGAGUGUGACACUGUGGAUGACUUGAUUGCAGUAUUAGAGGAAGGUAACUGAUUAAUUUGUAAAGUCUGCAAAAAAAUCGGAAGGAAGGUUACUUUCCUGGUCCCUUACAUUACAGUGAGCUGGGUGCAGUAGAGUUAGGUUGAUUAGUUCCAUAGCUGGGAUAGGUGGGCACUCUAGUAGGACUGAACUCGUAAAAUGGAAAGAGCUGACUGAAUUUUUAUGGGUAUCUCUUGCCUUGCUUUAAAACUAUAGACACUUUCUUCUUGCUGUUAACUGUAUGGUAAAUUGCAAAGUUGUGGUUGGAGGUAUUCACAGUUUGGAUUAUCAAAGAUUGAGCCUGUAAAAAAAGCGGUCUCUCCUCACUCUUCGCCACGAAGGACCUUUUGCAAAACGUCUCUUGUGGCGAGGAACGAGGACAGACGGCUGUUUUCGCAGGCUAUCAAAGAUUAAAGGAGCUAAUUGUCACGACAUUUAGCUAAAUUUAUUUUCCAGGCCGUGGCCUUCAAAUCAAGAGAAACAUAAAGAUAACCGAUGAAUACAUGAAUGUUGACAAAAGGUUUAAAUAACACAGAAAAUACAAAACUGAAGGCACGGAUGGCAAAAAUUGUAAAAGAUCAGAAUGAAAAGUUUUUCAGUGUUUGUCCCUGUUGUUUUUACCGCAAGUUUAAAUUCAGUGCUCGGGAUACAAAGUUGUGACUUUGUCAUUUGCAAGUACCUUUUUCGUUUAAUUUCAGUUUCUUAGUGAGUAAGGUCACGUAGUUAAAAAAAAACUAAACAAAAUCUGGAGUGAACUUCCAUGACACAACCCCUGAGAAACAAAGAAGUGGGCGGGUGACGGUUACCGAAGAUGCUACAUACCUGUAUUAAUUUAUAACAAGCUUUUUUGACGGGAGUUCGAGUUAUCAAGAUUUCAAAAGGACUACUAUACCCUAGUACGAUUUCUCCUUUAUUGACUGCCAGAGAUCUGCAGAAGUAAAAGAGUGUAACAAAAUGUACUUCUGUUUAUUUUGUGCAGGUCUGCAUAACCGUCAAGUUGGGUCUCAUAUGAUGAAUGAUCACUCUAGCAGGAGCCACAGUAUGCUUACAGUAUACAUAGAUAUUGAGUCGGUGAGACUUACGUUCAUCUUUGAUACUCUCUUCUCCGCAGAGACCUCUUUGUGUCGUUGGGAGGCUGGGGAGAGAGAAAACAGAAUGGAAUACUCAGUGAGAGCUCCUGGGGAGGAGAGAGUCUUCAAUAAACAAACCUUUUAAGUCUAGAAAAAUAUUGAUGAACUUGUAACCAAUUUGUCGCCCCUAGACAAAGUAGUCCAAGUAAGGAACAAUUAUAUGAAAGCCGCGUUGCGGUGAAUCGUGUCUCUGAGGAUUUCUAUGGUCAUACAGACGUGCUAGAGAUGGGGACAGUCAAGUGAUCCAUUUGUGUUUCAGGGAAGGUCAUGUUUCCAAGACUGGCUUUUUUUUCUGGAAAGAGAAAAAUUGAACGGUCCAGUUAUUUAUAGAUUGCAUCAGAAUUUAAGCCCGUUCUUUUUGUCAGCUUUGAACGUCUACGUUCGGCAACGUGUUGAAGAGAGCGUGUAUGGCAGUAGGAAACUGAGUUUCAUUUCAUAACAUCAAACUUGAGUAAAUAAGAACUGUCACAAAUGCAGCUUUAGGGAAAUACUUUUGACAGUUCUCACUAAAAUGCCUAACAACCGAUAAUUAAAUUCUUACCUAAGCAAAUAAGAUGCAGUUAGUUAACAUUUUAUUCUUGGAAGUUGAUUACCGACUUUAGCUGUGCGCGUGGUGUAUAUUCCUUGAAUGUCGAUUCGUUUUUUUCUGUGUAUGCGGUCGGUUUACCUUAAAGCAUGAAACAGGGUACAGAUAUGGACUGAAAUGGGAUCGUUGCUUUCUAAAAGGAGACCAGUGAAAUCAGCUUUAUUAGUAGCCAAAUUGUUAGUAGAUGAGAGAUGAGUAAAUUAUAACUUUCUUUUCAACUGGUUCGGGCCUUUUAAACGCUCGUUAAAUUGUCUGGCGGCACAGACUUGUCCAGGGAAGGACUUUCUGUGAUACUGUUUUUAUUGCAAACUUUUAUUUUAUUUACAAACGGUUCGUAUUUUAAAAAUAACUUUCAAUUUCUACAAUUGUAACGAACGUUUCACUUUCUUUGUAGAAUGAUUCCGGUGAGGCGUCUGGCUAUCCAGUGGUAAAGCACGGAAAACUGAGUCUUGUAGAUUUGGCUGGUAAGAUUAAAAGGUUCAAAACAUACACCCUAAAGGUUCCUUAAUAGAACUGGAGGUUUGCGGCCACCUCUACAAGACGGCCAAAUUGUUUUCAUUGCAGCGAAUGCAUUGGAGAUCUGAAGAUACCACAACGGCGACUUCAGUGAAAACCGUGACGUCACCGAAAAACUGGCUUCGUGUCCUUCCAAACGCUUUCGCGAUUAUUACCACUCGUUUAGUUAUUUUUAGUUAGAAAAAAUUUAAGUUGGAACUGAAGCGAAGGGACCACGUCCGAAUUCAGAUAGAUACGGUAGAAUUUAUCGUAUUUCCGUUCACUUUCUUUAGGACUUACAGUUUGAUCAGUUUACGUCGUAGUUCUGUAGGUACGGCCGUGUAGAAAUUUACAGGAGAGCGUACUGCAGGUGCACGGCGUUUAGAUUUGUGGUCUCACUAUUCUUCAUUGACGGUUUCUUUUGCCGUUGCUUUUGCGGUCGCCGUCGUAGCCUCGUAAAGUCCCCAUUCGCUUUGUUUUAACCCCUCAACAACGACGACCUUGCUACAAUGCUUAUGGUCAAUCUCACUCCUUUGACCCCAAAUUGGUGGGGUGGGGGGGGGGGAUGUGCAUGGGUGGGUUCGAUCGUACUUUGAAAACAAAUUGCAAAAGAUCUACGCGUAGAAUUCUUUGAAAUAUCGUGUCAUGAAAGUGGCUAGUACUUACUUGAGCCAUAGUUAAUUGAGUGGAAUGGUUAUGAAACCCGACAGACUCCUUUGUUAUAUGUUUUUGUGGACCUGAAAGUGUACAACGUUCAAAAGAAUUCCUAUCCUUUUGAUUGUAUUGACCAAUAAAAACGUUGCAUUAAUUUAUAGGCAUUGUUAAACGGUUGUCUUUUGUUUCCUAACACGUGAAAGUCCCACGAAGGUUGUAUUUGACGUCGUGACAACAAAAAUAGUAACAUGUUUGCCGCUUUUCAUAACCAGUCUCCUCCAAUAACUAUGCUUGAGCCCUGCAGUAAGCAUGUUUCUAAUCGGUUCCUUAUCGUCAGUUAAUUUUGUUUGACUGUUUGUUCAAAAAUCUUCCUUUGGCAAAUGCGCUAAUGUUUCAAAAUAUUUGUUUUUGCCCCGUGGUAAAGGCGUUUGGUAUGUCUUAAGGCGAUCGUACUAAGGCCAAACUUCUCCAAGCGGACACGAAUUUUUUAUCUUUGACUUUUCUAGCAACGGUUUUUGCGAAAUAUUGCCGGCAUUUUCGAGGAGAUGCGAUCACUUUUAUGCGUGGUUCAAGGAACAACCUCUGAAUUCCACACACACACAUAAAAUAUGUACACUCAGGAACAUUUUUUCUUUGCGGUUAAAUUCUUUGUUUUUAACUGCAUGAGGGUAUAAACAAUGACACUGCGUACCUUACUGUCUAUAAAUAACCGUGAUAAUUAUUUGAAAUACUGUUGUCCUUUAUACCCAGGUGUCUCUAUGAUUCUGUCAGUUACACCACAAACACGGGGCGCUGCAUAUAAUUGUGUUUUGAGCUCCUUAAUAAAGGAUAAUGAUGUCAAUUUCCACGGCUCAGUAGCCAGCCGUUCGUUUAUUAUGUAAAAUUGGUUAUGCAUGUCGAAGAACGGAAGACAAUGAACUAAACCAAUGAAGGUUCACGACAUUUAGCGACAUUUAGUACAUUUGAAGGGCAAGAGUUAUUGAGCGAAGAAUUUGUCUUGUAAGUACGUAAUCGAUCAAAGUUUCUUUGAUUGGGAUUGGUUUAUACCUGACGCGCGAGUUAGCUUGUCCGUAGUUAGUUUUCCCAUUGUUUUCAAAGUUAUUGUACUUCUCGAACGUACAAUCUAACACAACCAACAACUUCAAGGGUUUGUUUCUUGUAAAAUACAUGUGUACUGUUUGUCACGAUAAUCAGCUACGAUUACACCAAAUUUAAAGUUAACAUAAUUUAAACCUGAAUCUUUGGCACUCAGUAUCAGACACUUAGUCAAGUCUGAAAGUUACAAAACAAGAUAGCUUUAAUGUUCAUUGUUGCUUAACAACGACAAACGCCGUUGAAACCUAGUUUUAAUGAAAAGUCAUAUUCAUCGACUUUACUACCUAUAGAUUUCGUUCGUUAAUCACUUUAGAUUACAGAAUAGUGUGUUUAUCUUUGUGGCGUUAAGGGUUUUCAGUUUUUACACGUGUCAACUGAUUUGCGUUUCUUCUUCUUUCCUAACAGGAAGCGAGCGUGUAAAAGAAACAAAGUCAGUCGGAGGAACGUUAACGGAAUCACAGAACAUUAAUAAGAGUUUGUUGACGUUAGGUGAGUUUGUCAUGACUUGAUUCCAUAUUUUACCGGCCGACGGAUUUAAUGCUAAAUCAGACGGAAAAAAACGAGUUGUUUUAUUGUGGAUUUAAGAUCAGUACUAUUAGAUCGACACUUGUAAACAUGGAUUUGUGUUUGGCAUGAAUCGAUUUUUUGGUUGAUCCAUCUUCGAUCCUUGUUUCUACACUACAUUAAAUUAAAUGUCGUUCAGCAGGAAACUCGCUGUUUGCGAAGUUUAACUUUAUUCCUUAAUUUAAUACGUUACCUUAUCAACAAGCAUUUGGUGGAUUAAUUGUGGAAGAAUCAAGUCCUAAAUCACACUUUUUGUUUUAAUUAAAUUGCCGAAAUGUGUCGCAAACUGAAAUUUUGAUUAAAUACAAAUAUACCCUCAGGCUGUUUUGGUACGGCUAUGUCAUGACUAAAUAGCAAUUACAUAAUAAAAGGCUUAAAUGUUUUAUCAGUGUCAUAGCCUCAUCGCAUAAACGCAUGUGUUUGUUUAAUAUGGGUUUUUUCAGCGGAGUUUCCUUGUAUAUGUUGUUAUACCGCAUCUAUGGAUUUGUAUAUCAACAUCUCUCAUUAAAUCUCAUAAAGUUCUCCAAAGUUAUUUCACUACAUGCUUAAUAUUGAUUCCAUAGUCUAAUUAACAUGUUAAAUGUUACAAGAUUGUUAUCUACUGAUCUUUCCUGACCCAUUAUUACGUACAAAUUGUUGGCAUUGUUUGCAUGUCUUCCUUGCCGGAUUUGAUGAAGCAAAACCCCGCGCGCGCGCGCGUUCAUUGAGCUGCGCUGUGUAUCUCUGCAAGUCGUUAUCAGUUGUAGUUUGGCUAAAAUAUUUACGGUCAACUCUCCCCGCAGACGGACACUGUUGGGAAGUGUCUGCCUCACAGAGAUUCACAGCGAGAGUCUGUGAUUCUUACGGUUACUAUUCUGAACUACCUUCCAUCUCCAAUUCACACACCCAUGAAGUAUCGUGCCAGCGAUUAGGACUGAGAGCUCAUUUGCAAGCGAGACUUUCUGUUGUUCAGUUUCAAAAAGAGAAGUUCGACCUUUAACAGAUAAUCGUCUUGAUCAGUUUAUGCGGUGUUACAUUUUGAGUUUUGUAGAUGAGAUCUUCGGUUGAUACUAGUUUGCUCUAUGAAAACUCUGUUGAUCAGUACUUGUUUGCAGCGGUUACUGAUCUUCAGCAAUUUACUUUUUCCAUAACUUUAACUUUGUUCUGUACCUGCUUCGCCUCCUGAAUGAAAAACUGAAAAGUCCUUAUUUGGAACGAAACUUGCGAGAGUAUACUCGUUUGUCUUUCAAUACUUAUUUCUUUGAUGCUUGUUCUUUAAUAAGGCCUACUCUGGGACCUAAAGUCGCCGUAACUUUACGCGACUUAAGGCGACUUUAGGAAAAUUUGCUCAAAAUGUUAUUCGAUUUAAGGCAGUUUUAGGCGACUUUAGGCCAUAUAAGAUGACCAAUGAGGUGAAUUUAAAAAUGUAAGUGUAUACAAAAUUGACAUCCACUGAUAACACCACCUGUCUACGGAGACAGUCGCACACUUAUAAAACUACCAAAUUUCCAACAAUCUCAACACAUUUAAUACUAAAAUAGUGAUUCUAACUUAUAUGUUGAACGCUAAAUAUCAAGGUAGCCUGCGUCGCAGAUGUAAUCUAACCCUGAUUAUUCAUGUCUGCUAACGGACGGACCAUGAAAUAUUAGACAAACCUCCCUGACAAAAUUAGUAUAUAAUUUGCCGACUGGAACAGACAGAUCUUGUGAAUUCGUACUUUUUGUCGAUAAGUUCUUGAGUGUUGACCAGAAUUUUUGUGGGUUAGAUGAAUUAACAAGUUCUUCCAUUUUGUAGUUCUGAUGUUUUCGCUUUUUCUCUUUUAACAAGCGUUUGUAUUCCUUAUUCAGAUGAUGAUAAUUAUUGAACACGGGUUAUUACACACUUUAUGAGAAAUGCAUUCUGGAAAUUCAAAUAGAAAACUAAAAAAGUAAUUGCUAUGAGACAAUUUCAACCUCUAGAGAUUAUAAUGAUUUAAAGCGACUUAAGACGAUUUGAGGCGACUUAAGGCGACUUAAGGUCCCAGAGUAGGCCUUUAACCCCUUAAGUCCCAUUAGUGACCAACAUCAAUUUUCUCCUAAUGAUAUCCAUAGAUUGUCAAGAGCAAAGUCUAUGAGAAUUAAUAAAAUGAUCACAAAGAGAAAAAUCUUUGAUCUUUUAUCAAAUUCUCUCAACUAAUUCUCUAAGGAAAUGUAUAGAGAUAAAUCUGGAGAAUUUGUAUGUGGAUAUUGGAGCUGAAAGGGUUAAUAACUCUUCUCUGAGCAUUCAAUCGAACAAUGCCAGUGUCUGUGGCUACCUUGUUUUCACAGGAAACUGCAUCUCUGCACUGAGCGACCCAAGAAAGAAAGGAGGGCACAUUCCAUACCGCGACAGUAAACUCACUAAACUUCUAGCUGACAGCUUGGGUGGGGAUGGUAUCACCCUUAUGGUAAGUGCUUCACACUCUUUCUCAUUACCCUGAGAUUAGGUCAAAAGAGAGCAGAAGCCGGCGGAAGUUGCCGAAAUUUAUACAUUCCUUCCCGUUUGGUCUCAACUAUCGCGCACGCGUGGGGAAUUUUAGUAUAACCUUGGUUAGCGUAGUUGAAGUACAAGUAAAUGCAAACAGGAAAGACUGUAAAAGAAAGAAUGAUCGCCGAAAAGAAUGGGAAUAGUCCUUCCCACUAGACAUUACUCCUCAUUACGCUGAAGUCUGCCUAAAAACGAGAUUUAAAAUAAAGUUAUAAUAAAAGUAGGUUGAGUCGAUCGUCCGGGUGAACGUAGUCCUGAAUAGGACUGUUGUUGUUGACAGUAACUGACGUUUUGACAACCUGUGCGGUAGUCAUCUUCAGAGUCAAAGUGAGUUGGUAAACUCAGUAGGUUUGGAACUAGCUAAAUGAAGUUUUUUGAAAGAACCAUGUAUGUGAUGGGUUUGAAGUUCUUGACCUUGUAAGAUGAGUUGGGGAAGGGGAGUGGGUAUUGAACCGGCGAAAUCUGACUUAAACGCGGGGCAAGCCUUGCCACAGGGGUAAUAUUUUAACGUGGAAUUUUAUAAAGAUGCGAUAAAUUAAAAAUGCCCCCCUAAGGACAGUACAUAGCUCUGACCGCUCGCAAGUCACAACGCAAGUCUUGGCGCCAGAGCUGUAGACUGCUCUGAUGAAGUUUGUUUACAACUCUAACAUUUCCAGAUCGCAUGUAUUUCGCCUUCUUCGUACGUGGUGCAGGACACCUUGAACACCCUGAGGUACGCUCACCGCGCAAAGAGGAUCAAGAAUAAGCCUGUGGUGCAUAUGGUAUGUCUGUGGCCGAGUGUGUCAGUAACCAAUUACUGCCAGAAAGUUAAUGAGAUCGUAUACAGCUAUUUAAUUAACGUUGUCGGAUUUUAAGGCCUCAAGCCUACGCACGACAAGACCGCAAGGUCAUGUGGGUAGCUGUAGAUCCCUUAAAAUUUGGUUAUAGCUUCACGGUUCUCAGUGCUAUAGAACGGUAUUCAGUCUCAGAAACGUUUACCUUUGUCGUCCUUUUAUGACAGAAGAAUUGUGCUUUAUGGCUGAGUAUGGGAAUUUUUUAAAGGAAAUUGCUACAUUGUAGUAGCUGUAUGAAUAGGAUUUAAUCCAUUGACGGAUGAUUUGAAACCAGAUUACGUGACUUGAACAGCUUUUUCAUCUGAGUACACUGAACCGGAACCAAAGUAAUAAUUACUCUGGUCUGUUAAUUCAGUAAGACGAUAUCGGCAGUAAGUGUUUUGUGGCAGUUCUCAGUAUGCUUGACCUUACGUGAAGGAAAACGUGAGCAAGCAGAUCAAAAUCUGGGUUUUCUUCUGAAAGCAACUGUUAAAAGCGGCCUGCACUAAGACUAGUGAAGCUUGAAGCGCGCCGUGUACUCUUUACCCUGGGUACGAGAGUUUUUUUUCUCGCGUGCGACGAGGAGCUUCGUCGGUCGAAGACACGAGCGGCGGGUCUCUUUAAAUACUUGAACAAAACCGGAAACCGCACAUGAAAAGCCUCUGGCACCUAGGGUAUCUGCUCUUAAGCACCGACACUAAAAAAUUAGGAAAGGGCUCGCCCGCGAUCAUAAGUACGCUUUUAAAUGAGAACUGAUUCAAGCGCGUUUUAAGGAAAGGUUAUAGUUUGAGGAUGUUUGACGAGACUUGUCUUUUUCAAUGUGUACCUGUGUUCGGAGGACGUCAAUCAUGAGCUCAGUUUACUUAACCUUUCUUUGCAGGACCCAAAGGAAAAGCUGAUUUUGAACCUAAAGCGAGAAAUAAAGUUACUUCGUACCGAAAACGCCUAUUUUCGUCAGCAGGUAUUUAGUGUUCGAAAAUGUGCUCACACAUUUAGAAUUUGAAUUAUUCAUUCUCGUUUUAUUAAUAUGAUUGCCACAUGCACUGCGAUUCGUUCGUUACUUCUUGUCUCAGAGUUGUUCGAUUAGCAGGUUAGUACUUUUUUGGGAGGGGAGUGGGGUGGGGGUUGUAAGCCAACAGUCCACAAGAAGCAAGAACAAAAACUAUCACUGAACCCUUGAUAUUUUGUCAGACAUGUCAUAUCAGCGAAAUGAACUGAUUUAUCAUUUUGGUAUUUCUGUUUCCUUAGCUGGGACUACCAAGCAGCGAGUCUCAAACAUCCGUGUCAAGUAACGACAGUAAAACAACAACCGAAGUGGAGGAUGAGAGUACACCAAAACUUGACGUUCCCAGUUCACCACCGCCAGGUGUGUGCCUCUUAGUUAUGUCUUGAGUGAUGGUGGAGUAAAGGUAUGAAAACCUCCCCUUGUUGCUGAAAUCCUUGAAUCAAAAUGCACCAGUGAGACUGUAGCCUUUGAAUCGUAGUUGACCAAUGAAACGGCAGACUUUCCGCCGGAAUACAUUAAUCAGUGUUCAAAACAAAACCUUACUGAGAGAGAUGUUUUUUCAGUCAGUGACACAGGCGGCUUGGAAGAAAAAAUCCGAGUACUCCCAAUAGGAGUCGAACCUCUGAUUACUUGUCCAGAUCCCCUACCACUAAGCUACAAGAGACUCGGGGACUCUAAACCUUACUGUUACCGAAAUCUGUUUCGAUCUCCAGCAGUAAUGCUCUUCCAGUUAGUGUCUCUUAUCUGUCUAACACUCUAAAAAUUGUUCCACCACCAGCGCUGUAUCUGUACAUAUAGGUCUUAGGCACUCGAUCGUCACUGUUGGUUGGCGCUCAUGAUGAGGGGCGAAGCAAAAGCUUCUAAGAGGGCCAAGCCAGACUUGCAGACAACUUGCUUUGUAGGUUUUUAUCUUUAAUAGGUUCUCUUUUUUAUGCCCUGCAGCGAAACACUUACAAGCCCCUGAAGAUUCACAAAGACUGACAACCGCUAUGUAAGACAUCUGCUCCUUUGUAUUAGCUGUCAAUAGUAGACGAUACUAUAAGUCGUCAUUAGUACUACUUUUGAAAAGUCUCUUUCUUUGUUGCUUCAAGUUUUGUCUCUUCUCUAGCUUCACUAUCAUAAACUGAUCCUGACUUUUAAUCUUAAUUUGUAGCAUGGCUGCUGGGGCAAACUCCGGUCUUUAUGACAUGUUACAAGAGUAUAUGGUCGAAAACGAACAUCUCAGGUAAAACAUGCGUGUUCUUAUUCCUUUCAAAGAUUCGUUUUUCCUGCAGUUGAAUUAAGAUUUUAUUAUUUUCAUUUUUUCACAGAACAACCAACGUCGAACUUGUGCAAAGUCGCGAAGAAGUCACCAGACAACAGAUGGUAAGUGUAGGACUUGGACUCACGAGUUGCUUGGCGGUCGUUGUUAUUGCUUUCUGGUUCAAAUCAAGCGUAAUAGUCGUGGUGUCUAUUUCUCUUUGUAUUCUUAGGUGCUGUCAAGAGAAAAUGACCGACUGUCAAAGAAACUAGAAGAGUUAGAACGGUUAGUGAGCUCUUUGACUCACCUUUUUCUCGAGAACGAGUGAUAGGCAUCACAAUGAUGCGUGAGCUUUGUUAGUUUGUCGUAGCGGUAUGAAUUCUUGAACCGGUAUCAGGGCCAUGAUCACAGAACUAAUGCGAAAACCAAAGAAAUCGGUCUGACCAAUCACAGGAGAUACAAACAAUCCGAUGAACCAAUCAGAAAUAGAAAAAAACACAUGUAACCGGCGCCAAGCGCGGGAACAUUCGGGCGAACAAGUUACAACCCCUUCUCGUUUUGCUUCUGAUUGGUUGAUAAAAGUAGCACAAGACAAUUUUUACUUAGAAGGAGGAACGAAGAUGAACUAGUGGCACAGGAAUCGUGUAAAUCCUCCUAACCUCUAAAUCUUUAAUUAUUACAGGGUAAUCGUUAAUUCGCCGAUGCCUCGAAGGACGUUAUCUGGUGUUGAACGCACUGGGUCUCUCCCUGAGGAGCACUUUAUGACCAGCGUAGCGGGCCACUCAGCUGAAACACGCCCGUCGCCGUUUGUGGAGGAGCAUAACCAUUUACAGAGGAGAAAUUCGCUUCCUAGUAAGAGAAACUUUUGUUGUAUACUUACUUCACUCGAAUUUAUCCAUGCCUUUGUGCCGUUGGGGAUAUUUUUGAUUCGUGUUUCCUUUUGUUUCAGCGCAAUCCAGAGAACGCCGUCGAUCGACCUCAGAUCCCGCCCCUCAACCGUUGGUCACAAAAUUCCCGCCACUUCACAACGGGCCUUAUCCCAACUAUGUUGGACAGGUCGGCUGGCAUCCAAAAUCGGAGGCUCAAUCUGCGUCUCAGGAACCAACCCGAGGUAAGGUUUAUAUACACCGUAAUGUUGCAUUAAGUGUAAAGGAGUAACUUCGGGUGCUCGUGGUUUUGAAGAUUUAAAUUUUCCAAGCUGCUUACUCAUUAACUCUCAUUAAAAAGCUGCUAAUCGUUUGGAUUUUCCGAUUUCCGACAGGAAAACCCCACAAACACACGCAAAACUGCGACUUUUACUUUUCGUUAUGAACACUGAUUUACAUUCAAAUACUAGUAUCUGAAAUAGUGGACUCCUUAAAAAUUCCUGAACUUAAUGAGAACUUUUCGUAAUGAAAGUCAUAAGGUAAUUGUAGUUGCGCUGUCAUUAGACUGGAGUUGUUUGCACUCAGUACCGUUUUUAUGUGAAGCUGUGCGUUCUAAGCGUAGGAUAUUUUUAGGAUUUUCAGUCGACAUAAACACUAAAUUCCAGGUUAGUUACUUUCAGUUACUUUAUUUUGUUUGUUUAUGACUUCAGAGACAAACAACAACAUGCCUCCGAGGGUACCGCAUGGUCACUCCGUCCCAGACUAUACGCACAAGCCAAAACCUACAAUCAGCACGUAAGUUAUGUGCACAAUAAGAUAACCCUAUCAACAUAGACAAAGGAAGAAGAAUACGGUUGAUACCAUAUCCUUUUCAGAUUUAUUCUACUUUUUUUUCGCCUUGUAUAAAUUGACCUGAGAUGUAGCGUCCUCCUUCCCUUUUUCUUUAGAAGGCGCGAGAAAAAGGUUCCUUUUUUUACAAUCAGUCCUUUUUUGUAAUCAGUCCCAUAAAAUCCAUUCCAUUCCUCAAGUUUUCACGGGAUCAUUUGCGGUCAACUUUGGGGAUCACUUGCGGUCGAGGAUCAUUUGCGGCCCAUUUUGGGGAUCAUUUGCGGUCUCGGGAUCAUUUGCGGUACUGUACAGCACUCCCGAGGUCAAGUUCCACAGUAAAAAAGUUCAGUGCAGAGUUCAGUGCCAUGUCAUGUUGCUUGUACAAAGCCAGCCUGGCCUCCUCCUGUCAGCUUAAUUUUAAGCUUUUAGCCUUCGUAUUUUCUUUUCGCACCAUUCUCCAUACGAAACUGAGAAGGAACUAAUAAAGGUACUGGACAAGGACAAUUAAAAUGGAGCCGAAACCAAUUUUGGAAUUGCACCCAUUUUAGGCAUUCUUAGGCUCAUAAUGAAAAUUUACCUCUUUUAGAUAUUUGCGGCAGCAACAUUUUUUUCUAGACUGCUGCCUUAAAAUCUCUCAUUUCCAGUACGUGACUAUACGUAGGCACGGAAAGGUUAACGUGUUGACCAUGUUAUGUUUAAUUUGACAAAGUUAUUUUAUUUAUUUUGCGCUUCCAUUGCUUUUUUCCCCUAACUUGCGUGCUAUGAUCGCUCAGCGAACCCAGGGUACAUAGCUUUGAUAUUGAAUUUGUAAGAUUUAUUCCUAUGACAUGGGUAAGGUCAAAACUAGUCUAAGUAACAUUGGCAAAUCAAGACAGUCAUUAAAUUUUGCUUUUACAAAACUGUACUUUUUUUUCUUUACGCAGAAAGAAGAGGUCCGUUCCUGUUACUUUAAAAGAUCGUCAAAAAGGCGCUAACAGCUAUGCGCGAAUGUUUGCUGCACUCAAAGAGAAGAAAGCAAAGGGGGCGAAAGAAAAUGAAGCGAAAAAGGUCGUACAAAAUGGUGAUGUACAUCAUGGCAAUGGCGCCAAAGAACAGUUCAAUUCCCAAGUGCAUAUAGAUGCAACAAGUUUUGGUGGUCAUCAAAGUGUUGGGUGGCCUGUGGAACAAGAUGUGCACUUCAACGAUAACUUUGUACCCGGUAUGUCCACUGACAUGAAUUUUCUUUUGUAUUGGUGUUAUUUAUUAUUCUGUUACUUUGCUUAAUACUCAACAAAGAAAUUACCUACUACAUAAUCAGACCAAUAAAAUUUAUGAUAUCGAAAGAGGUUUUUGUCCAAAAGGUUUUUCGAGGUUCAACCUGAGGAUAAUUUCUUGAAUUAUCGACAUGAAACGUGGUGAUUAAGCAUCACUUUUCUUUAACCGGCACCGGACUAGUCUUCGACAGUUGUGCGCGCUAAUUUUGUUUCGUUGCUUUUAAAUUUGUUGUCAUCUUUAUUAACCGCAAACACGAGACAUUAUGGAUUUAUAGUCAUACUUGAUAAAUUUUUCUUGUCGCUCGGUACAGUCGGUACAAAUAACUCACUGAUAAACGAGAAUUCAAGCGCGUAAAGACAAGUUUGAGUGUCCGUGCACGAAGUUCAAGCGACCUGCACAUUAAAAAAGGAGCACAACUCAUCUUAAAUGCUUCAAUGUUUUCAAUUUUGCUCAUGUUUUCCUGACACGUGUGCAAGUUCUAUCUGUUCCCGAAAGCUCGGCGUUUACUUAAAACAUUAAAAUAAUUUAAAAACCAUUAUUAUGUACUCAACUUCUAAAAAAUUGCUUACCUUUUUAAACAUUGUCAAGUUCUUGUUUUCGGAGACUUGUGAGCAACUGAAGAGGUAAAGAACCAACUGCAUGUUUAUAAAUGUGGGUAAUCCCCGGUGUAAUAUAAUUUAUUCGUUUUCGUUGUUUUAUGGACCAUUGUCAGGGUUAGGUUCAUUGUUUAGGAUGUUUUGUUGUCUUUGUUUUACGUCAGCUGUGAGUAAUAAAUUAUAUUACACCGGAGAUGAGCCAUAGAUGUGAAGAACGUGAAUCAUUUUUCUGCCGCAGUGGCUAGCGGUGAGCCCUUACCGAUACGAAAUACUCGAUAUCGAUACGUCAUCCGCCGUUAGCAACAUAGGAAUCAUCUUGAUGUCUUCAAGCAUUGCAAUACACCGUAUUCACAAAUGGCGGACACGCGGGAAAAAAACUGGUGCCUAGUCAUGAAAGUGAGGCGUUGGAGGAUAAUUAAGAAUUUGUUCAAGCUUAGCGUGCGUAUAUCGAGUUAUGGAUGCACUUGGGAAGUUUGGAGAGCACGAAAGAUGCGUAAGAGUUGCACGAGGCGAUAGCUGAGUGCAACUCUAGCUUCUUGAGUGCUCUCCAAACUUCCCAAGUGCAUCCAUAACUCGAUAUACGCACAGCUAAAAGCAUGAGCAAAUUCUUUUAUAACAUAGCUGACAAAAAUGCUUGCUUUUUGAUUAACUACAAAAUUCUCGUAACGCGCUACACAAUAACAAACGCUUCUAUUGGCUGAUUACGAACACUCCACAAUCAUCUAGUUUAAAUGAAAAUAUUCUUUCUGUAGCUUUUCUGUAAAACUGAGAAAGAAAAUUUGCUUCUUUAUUCGUUAACGAUCAAUGGAAACUAAGCAGAAACAAGGGUAAAAGAGUCUUAAAGUUCACCUAAAGUUAAAAUACUAACAUGUUCGUAAGAAGUCGUGGACUAUGGUUUGGAUUUGCUGAAAAGAUGUUUACGUUUUGCUCGGCGAAAUCCAGAAAACAUGUUUUUAGCGAAGACGACUGUCAUCCUUCUUUAAACUCAUAUUCAUUUACAAACAUUGGCUGGUCAUUACGGCUUCUUGAGAAGACCUGGCAGCAGUUGUUUUUGUGAGUAAUAAAUUUAUGUCUUCUUGUGUAAUUUGUGUUGUUAUUGCCAGAGAAAUCUUCCUGCUUCAGUCGGAUUGUCCGCAGAUAACAAAAGUGUAUAACAAAUUUAAAAACAACAAUAAAAACGGAAAUUUAACCUCUUAAUGUUGUUGAUGACCAGUUGGUGUCUGUUCUGUUCCCAGUGAAUGUCUUUCGGCCAAAAUUUGCUGCAGCUGGUCUUCCAACAAAUUUGCGAAACGCGCAACAUGCGAGUUUUUUUAAUUCGGCUCAAUUUUUGCUGCUUGUUGGAUCAGGACCUAAAAGGUCAAUGCCGAUAGAAAAAUCGGGCAGUUCUUCGCUGGUUUCUUCCAUAUUUUAAAGAGAAGGAAAACUGCACUGCAGCUUAACAGACGACAACUCUGCAGCCAGGUAAAACAAAAUGCUUACGUCAUCUUAUUUACGCACGGGCGUGCGUAAAUAAAGAUUUUGUUCAUAGUGGCUCAAUAGGACUUAUAUAGGGCAAGCACGCGCGCUAUGUUAUAAACAAAAAUUGCAAAUGAAGACUUUCAGUGAACUUGCAGAGUGUUUAGCACGGAUUUCACGUAAAAUAACUUUGUACGGACUUCUUUUUAAAUACAAUUACUUGGGAUGUCUUCUGCUUUUAAUGUUUAGUAGCGAUUUGCUGUUUGCAAUCAAAAGGGACGCGUAUAUCUCCAAGGAAACAGGAUGAUUUUGUAGGUUUCCGAAGCAUCAGAAGCUCGAAGAGUAGGCGAUGGCUGGAGAAAAGCGGCAAACAUGUUGGCCCAAACCUCACAUUGAAACCGAAUAUGAAAGCCAGAUCACUACAAUUCUGUAUUGGAUCAAAUUAAUUCCGUCGCUUUGGAGUGAAUUGUUAGAGGUACGUUGGGAGAGCUUAGCAAAAAUCUCAUGAUUUCUUUGUCAUUGCGAAAUAAUUCAAAAUAAUUUUAUCAAAAUUAGAAGCUGUAGUGUGUGAAUCUUAUGGCUUGCUAUUUGCCUGGUCUCUUUUAGCGCAUUAUCUCAGAGCUCUUGGUAAAAAAAGUGGUAUAAAGCUUACAUUUUACUAGGUUAAAAUUUUAAGGCAAUGUUUUUGUCAGGACUGCACACGGCAAGCUUCGGUUUCAAAUAAUUGAAUUCGAGUCUUGAUCAGUUUAAGAAGAACAUCAUUUUAUUUAUUUAUGUAUUCUUCAACUUUAAAAUAUUAUGGAACAUAAAGUUAAAACUCUUAACAGCCAAAGGUAAGAAAUACGAAAUUACUCGCUGAAAUGAUAUGUGGCCGGCUUACCGAGUCUGCCGAGUAGCAAGUUGAAAUUUUGAGCGUACUCCUCUAGAUCGCUCCUGCAUUUAUACCUAAAAAUAGUUCUAAUUGAUGUCCUUCAUUGAUAAAGACCUGAGAAUAACUUCCUGGCAAACAAAAACCAAACAUAACUUCAUCGAAACCUCAGUCACCUCUUCUUUCCUGUCUUCCUUUUUUCCAUCUCGACUUGAACUGUUGUGUUCAACGGCAGACGUCUCUUGCGUUAACAGUUGCAAGUUGGGCAUAUAUCUGUCGCUUAUUUAUUUUUUUCUUGCCACCAAGAUUUGUUUAUAUUUCUGUUUCACCGAAUUGCAGUGAGCUGGCUUUCGUGCUCGGUUUCAAUGUGAAGUUUGGGCCAACAUGUUUGCCGCUUUUCUCCAGCUAUCGUCCACUUUCGAGCUUCUGAUGCUUUGGAAACCUACAAAAUCAUCCUGUUUCCUUGAAGAUAUACGCGUCCCUUUUGAUUGCAAACAGCAAAUCGCUACUAAACAUUUAAAGCAGAAUACAUCCCAAGUAAUUGUAUUUAAAAAGAAGUCCGUACAAAGUUAUUUUACGUGAAAUCCGUGCUAAACACUCUGCAAGUUCACUGAAAGUCUUCAUUUGCAAUUUUUGUUUAUCCUCCAACGCCUCGCUUUCAUGAAUAGGCACCAGUUUUUUCCCGCGUGUCCUCCAUUUGUGAAUACGGUGUAUGAAGCUGGUAAAGCGUUUUGUCGUUUUAAAUGAUGAGAAAAAAUGCAUUGCGACUCUAAACAUGCGUUGAUUCUACGUGAAUAAAUUGAACCGAUAUUAAUAUCGAGAUAUUCGGCGACCCACCACUGACGAGGGCGGGAAAAAUGGAAACUGUGCCCUGGUGCAUAAUGCGACAGAGUGCACACGCAAAUGCGCGGGAACAAACUAAACCGGUGCAAAAGCGCGGGAAAACAUUUAUUGCAAGAUUGGUAUUAGAUUUGUGCAUUUAUGGCCUUAUGGGUCUAUUCGUUAUUUUGAGUGGCUUUUAAUGGUCAUCUUACUCAUCUACCCAGUACUGGUAACGUAAACGAGCUGUUUAUAGGCCAAAAUAAUUCGCGAUUUUCCUCUUUUUGCAGGUGGAAAUCACCAACUAGCUGAACGCACAAGACAGGAGCUCGAACAGUUAGACUCACAGAUAGAAUACCACAGAUUUAUGGCGCAAAACAGAUACAACCACAACCCGCCUAGAUGACACUUGGUUGUCUUCAGUUGUAAAAGUUAGUCUUCGAUCGGAGAAAAUGGGAGGGUUCCAGCUGAAUGGAACAACUGCAAGGAAAUAUUAUGAAUUGCGGAAGUUGAAAUAAAACGUGUAGGAUAGUUUAAAGAAUAGUUGUACAUAUUAUUUACCUU